AUGGCAGCGGAAAAACUGUUGUGGGUCACCACCGUGAUUCUAAGACUGUGGCUAGGAGCAACGGAUCUUUGUUAUGCUCAGUCAACUCUGCUGACAUUCCAAGAUCUGCUGCCUGAUGACCCUCGGCUGUAUGACAAGAUGCGCCCGCCGAAGAUCAACGACCAGCCGACCAUAGUCAACUUCCACGUUACAGUUAUGGGGCUGGACUCCAUUGAUGAAAACUCUAUGACAUACGCGGCUGAUAUAUUCUUCGCGCAAACUUGGAAGGACUUCCGUCUUAGGUUACCAGAGAAUAUGACGUCCGAAUACAGGCUGCUAGAAGUGGACUGGCUGAAACACAUGUGGCGUCCGGACUCCUUUUUCAAGAACGCCAAAUCAGUGACCUUCCAAACGAUGACCAUCCCAAACCACUACGUAUGGUUGUACAAGGACAAAACCAUAUUGUACAUGGUCAAGCUGACCCUGAAGCUGUCCUGCGCCAUGAACUUCCUCAUCUACCCUCAUGAUACGCAGGAGUGCAAGCUGCAGAUGGAAAGCCUAUCCCAUACGACAGAUGACUUGAUCUUCCAAUGGGAUCCUGAUGUGCCCCUGGUUGUGGAUGAGAACAUAGAACUACCGCAGCUGGAGCUGGUGCAGAAUAGAACAGCAGACUGCACCCAGGUCUACUCAACUGGUAACUUCACGUGUUUGGAGGUGAUAUUCAAACUGAAACGACGUCUCGGGUACCAUCUGUUCAACACCUACAUACCAACAUGCCUUAUCGUCAUCAUGUCCUGGGUAUCGUUCUGGAUAAAGCCUGAUGCGGCACCUGCGCGGGUGACGCUGGGCGUGACGUCACUGCUGACGCUGUCCACGCAGCACGCCAAAUCGCAGGCGCAGCUUCCGCCCGUGUCGUACCUUAAAGCUGUCGAUGCAUUUAUGUCUGUCUGUACAGUAUUCGUGUUUAUGGCGUUAAUGGAGUACUGCUUGGUUAACAUAGUACUUGGGGACGGAGCCGGCAAGCCUAAGGACGCAGCGGAAGCGGCCAAAGCCAGGACCAGAGCGAUCAACAUCGACCGAUUCUCCCGCGUCUUUUUCCCGCUCUUAUUCUCCGUGCUCAACGCCACCUACUGGAUACAGUUCGCUCAGUACAUCUGA